AUGUGGAAGCACGUUUUGCAGAUCAGCAGUGGAAUAGACGACGUAGGUGGAUUGAGAUGGGAAUUGGCAGGUGUUCUAUUUAUUGCCUGGUUUGUGUGUUAUUUAGCUGUUUUCAAAGGGACGAAGUCGACAGGCAAGGCAAUGUAUUUUACUGCAACUUUUCCGUAUAUCAUGCUCCUGAUUCUACUAAUCAGAGGUGUUACUCUGCCUGGAGCUGCAAAGGGAAUACAAUUCUAUCUCCAGCCCAAUAUGACAAAACUUGCUGAACCUCAGGUCUGGAUUGAUGCUGGCACCCAAGUUUUCUUCUCAUAUUCUCUAUGUAUUGGUGUGUUGUUAUCACUGGGAAGUUUCAACUCAUAUGGGAACAAUUGCCUGAGGGAUACACUCAUUAUAUCAGUAGUGAACAGUGGAACAAGCAUUUUGGCUGGAUUCGCAAUUUUUGCAGCACUCGGAUUUAUGGCUGAUGAGAUGGGAGUAGAAGUAGCGGAUGUAGCCGAAUCUGGUCCCGGAUUGGCGUUUAUUGCGUAUCCUAAAGAAGUAACGAUGUUGCCAGUUUCACAACUAUGGUCUAGCCUUUUCUUCAUCAUGAUAUUCUUACUUGGGAUAAGCACUCUGGUCACAGAUACAUUGGCAUUGGUUACUUCAAUCGGUGAUAUGUAUCCCAAGUUAUUCAGAGGUGGGAAAUACAGGAAGGAAAUUUUCAUGGGAUUGUGUUGUUUUAUGUGCUAUCUGGUUGGGCUCAGUAUGGUAACAAGGGGUGGAAUGUACGUUCUGCAAUUGUUUGACUUCUACGGUGCCAGCGGAUUCGCAUUACUUUGGACCGCGGCGUGGCAAUGUAUCGCUGUGGGAUGGUUUUAUGGAGGAGAAAAAUUUUAUAUAGCCAUUGAAGACAUGAUCGGAUAUAGGCCAUCGCCUUUCUUUAGAAUAUGCUGGAAAUAUUGCUCACCCACUCUGUGUUUUGCCAUCUUGAUUUUUUCCAUUGUUCGAUAUGAGCCAUUGAAAUAUAACAACGUCUACGAAUAUCCACCUGUUGGACAAGCUGUGGGAUGGAUAUUGGCAUUUUCGUCAAUUCUCUGCAUACCAUUAAAAGCUAUCUGGGUUCUGUUCAAAGCCAAGGGGAGCAAUCUAAAAGAGAAAUUCCAAAAUUCGUUGAAGUGCAAAAUACAAACUCCAGGUGCUGUUUUUGAGAACAUCGGCGAGGAUGGUAUCGAUAAAAACGAUGAUGAGAGUGAUGUAACGCCGCCACCUCCUUAUCCCGGAAGUGCAGAAAAAACAAGGGAGUACAAACUUGUCCCAGAUAAAGAGACUUCCAUGUAGUAUAGCACGCAAAGGUCGAACAAUUGGAAAAAAUAUCAACUGGCCGAGGAACAAGAGAAUCAGUGAAUUUAAUGUUAAAUUACGCUUAAGUAUUAUUGCUUUUCAGACCACACGUGUUUGAUUCAACCAAAAAUUUGUGAGAAGUGAAUUUGGAAUUAUUAUGAAUUUUCCAUUUUUUGAUUAGGUUUUGCAUAAGGCAUAUUCAUGAAUUCCAUCCUAAUUACAAUCAUACUUUAUACUUUUGAGCAGUGCCGUGGGUCGGGGAAAAUUCACUAUCGGCUCCCGACUCUAAGUUGAGUACAAAUGGCCCCGACUUCGACUCACGAAUUGAGAGAAAUCAAUUCCAAUCAUGGUCAAACUUCAAAAAAUCAAAUUUUUAAACAAACCUUUUGCUUUCUCUGAUAGACUGUUAAGAUCGAUCAGUAAUCUCAAUGAUUUUGAGCUUGUUUGAGAAAUUCUGAUUUCUUUUAUCAACAUCGAAAGUCUGAAAUCCCGACUCCGACGCAAUCCGAAAUUCGACUCCGGAAAAUUGAAACUCGACUCCGGCUCUGACUCCAGUGAAAACAUGCGAAACUCCGACACCACAGCCUCGCUUGUUAAUACCAUAUUAACUAAAUAACCAGACCUUCGCUUGAUUCUGUAAAUAUUCUAUUCUUUAUUCUGCAUACAAUCUUUGACAGCUUCCUGCAAUAGCUCUUCCAUAUCGUGCCAAAUGAAUUAACUGUAUUUCAGUUUCAUAUAAUUGUCCAUUAUUGAUUAGCAUAGUCAUUCAAUGUUCAAUCAUACCAAACGUCCUACAUCGAUAAAUUUCUUGUAAGCGCAAAAGUUCUAAUGAAACACUCAGAUACAGAAAUUUACUAACGAGUGUAUAUAUAUGUAAACAACUUGUUCUGUAUUAUUCUUUUUAUUGACAUCAAACCACUCUUCCAGCUCUUUAAGUUAAAAUCCGCACACAUCCGCAAAUUCUUUGCAAAAUAUUUCAACACUGUUAAUUUUGUUUCGAGUCCAAAUCGAGUUUAUAAACUUUUCCUAAAAUGUGUUGACUCAAUGCGUUUUAUUAUAAUUUUCCAGUUGAACUAUGUUGUUUUUUGUUCAUUCCGAAUUUUAAAUUUGUUUUGUUUGUUUGUUUUUGCUUUAUUUAUAUGGGUGUGUAGCAAGUAGGAAGCUUUUGAAAAAGCGAGCGCCCUAACAUUCUUUGUAGUUGGUUUAAUUUAUGCUCAUUACGUUAAAUAAGCCGUUCAGUUUAGCAAGUUUUAGAAUUCGUUUUUUUGUAAAUUAAAAGAAUCAAAAUGUACAGUGUA